CAUCACCAUGCCAGAUCCAUGUGAGCAUGUUACAGGGUUAUGGAUGGAUAAUCCUUCACUUUGGCAGGAUACAAAAGACUAAGCAUGAAGGCCAAGCAGUGGAGUGUGAUGCUGAUGGGCUUUGCUUUUUUAUCCCUUACACACGACGUUCAAAGUCAGAUCAGAAGAGACAAAACGAACAACCUGAGCACAAAAGAUGUAAACGUGCUGCCGUGUGCUCUGGAGCUGGCCUUCCUCCUGGACAGCUCCGAGAGCGCCAUGUUGUACGGGUUUGAAAAGGAGAAAAGCUUCGUGCGCUCGUUCGCUGAACGGAUGGUGAACAUGCAGGUUCCCGGUUGGGCUCUGACGCACCGCCUCGCCGUUCUCCAGUACAGCAGCUCUGUGUUUAUCAUGCAGAGGUUCUCAGAAUGGCAUGGACUGGAGAAGUUCCUGAAAAGCGUGGGCAACAUGCGUUACAUCGGACAGGGCACGUACACAGCCUACGCCAUCAGGAACGCCACCGAGCUCUUCGCCCAUGAGACUGACGUUAAGAGCGUCAGGGUGAUGCUGCUCAUGACCGACGGCUCCGACCAUCCACGGAGUCCUAACAGCCUGACUGCCAGCGAUGAGGCCAAAGCUCACAACAUCACGCUGUUCACCAUUAGCUUGUCAUCACAGGGCAGCCAUAAGGCCAAACUGGGAACCAUGGCUAGUGCACCCAUGCAGCGGUUCGUGCACAACCUCAACGAUCAGCGCCUCGAGCAGAAACUGCUUCAGGAGCUUGAAACAGUAGUACGCAAGGCAUGUCCACAAGUGCCAAGUGCACAGUGUGUGUGUGUGAAAGGAGACAGAGGACCGCCAGGAAGCCCUGGGAGAAAAGGAGACAUGGGGAUCGACGGACUGCCGGGACAGAAAGGUGGAAAGGGUGACUUUGGACCCCCAGGACCACCCGGACUGGACGGACCAGAGGGACGACCCGGGUACAAAGGCGAUAAGGGUGACAGGGGAGAAUGUGGAGCUCCUGGAUCAAAAGGAAAUAAGGGCAUUGAAGGACCUCCAGGACCGAGAGGAGUCAGAGGAGUGGAGGGCCCCCAAGGGCCACCAGGCGAUGAAGGACCUGAAGGACUGGAAGGCCCCAAAGGAGAUCGUGGACUUCCUGGUGUGACUGGACCUCGAGGGGAUAUAGGCAUUGGAUUUCCCGGUCAAAAGGGGGACAAGGGAAACCAGGGAACACCAGGUCCUGUAGGUCCAGUCGGAAGAGGUGAACCUGGCCAACUUGGACCACCAGGACUUCCAGGGCUUCGAGGGGUUCCUGGUUUUCCAGGAGAGGGGCUAGUAGGGCUAAAGGGGGAUCGAGGUUAUAACGGUUCUACUGGAUCUCGUGGACCACCAGGAUUUGGCAUCAAGGGUGAAAAGGGUAAUGUUGGACCUGUUGGCCAUGCUGGUCCCACAGGGCCUCCUGGAUUGGGAAUUCAAGGAGAAAAGGGAACACAGGGCCCCAUAGGUCCACCCGGUCCCAGAGGGAUCCCCGGGAUAAGCAUUCCUGGUGACAAGGGAGACCAUGGCCUCCCGGGAGAACGUGGACUACCCGGACCAAAAGGUGUUGGAGAGCCAGGAGCCAAGGGUGAGCCUGGCUUUCAAGGUGUCCCAGGAGAACCAGGUGCUCCAGGAGAAGAUGGAACUAGAGGACCAAAGGGUGACCCUGGUGUUCCUGGCCUGAGAGGACUUGAGGGACCACCUGGUAAAGGACUACAUGGAGAUAAGGGAGAGCGAGGAGAAAGAGGAGCAAGAGGACAACCGGGAAUCAUGGGACCUGUGGGUUCAGUGGGGACCAAGGGAGAACCGGGAAGUCUGGGGCUUCCUGGGAUAAUUGGACCUCCAGGAAGGGGAAUGCCGGGCAGUAAGGGGGAUCCUGGACCACCUGGAGUUCCAGGACCAGUUGGAGAAACAGGAAUAGGGAUCCCUGGGCCAAAGGGUGAAAGAGGACUACCUGGGCCUUUAGGAGCACCAGGGCUGAAGGGGGAAGGCUAUCCUGGUCCACCUGGUCCUCCAGGCACCCAAGGACUACCUGGAGAGCAGGGUCCAGAGGGAACAGGCCUUCCUGGACCAAAGGGAGAUCGAGGUUCUGCAGGUCCUCCAGGGCCAGUUGGACCACCAGGAAUAGGACUUUUAGGCCCAAAGGGGUUUGUAGGUCUGCCUGGCAAACCUGGCCCACCAGGUCUCCCAGGGGAAGGAAUCCAAGGCCCAAAGGGUGAGCCUGGAUUCCAGGGAUUAGUGGGACCAAGAGGAGCCCCAGGAGAGGGAUUUCCUGGGCAAAAGGGAGACCGUGGGUUUUGGGGCCAAAAAGGACACAAAGGUGACAAAGGAGGACAAGGGGAACCAGGGCAAACAGGACCAAUAGGUAUAGAAGGCCAAAAAGGGGAACCCGGUCUUACUAGAGAAGAAGUUGUCAAAUUGAUUAAAUCCAUUUGUGGCUGUGGCGUGACUUGCAGAUUUAACCCCCUGGAGCUGGUUUUCGUUAUCGACAGCUCAGAGAGUGUGGGUCCCGACAACUUUGACAUCAUAAAAGAUUUUGUGAAUGCCCUGAUCGACCGCAUUCACGUUAAGCCAAAUGUCACCCAUGUUGGGAUUGUGCUGUACAGCCACGUGACUGUAGUGAUCAGUGAUCUCUCUCAACCCCUGAGUCAUAACGAUGUGAAAUCUGCUGUACGCCAAAUGCACUAUAUGGGAGAGGGAACCUAUACAGGAAGCGCCAUCCAUCAGGCCAAUCAGCUGUUUCUUUCGGCCCGCCCUGGAGUUCAGAAAGUGGCGGUGGUGAUUACGGAUGGCCAGGCAGACCAGCGGGACGUGGUUAAGCUGGAGGAUGCGGUGCGAGACGCACACACCAGCAACAUCGAGAUGUUUGUCAUCGGUGUGGUGAAUCAGAGUGAGCAGUUUUAUAAGAGCUUCAAGAAAGAGCUGGAGUCCAUUGCAUCUGAUCCGGAUGAGGAACACCUCUAUCUGAUUAGUGACUUCAGGACACUCACUGCACUGGAGAGUAAGCUCAUCGCUAAACUCUGUGAGAGCAGUGAUGGCUUUUUUUUUGCUCAAACUCCCAGCCCUGAUCUCCUUCCAUAUUAUGAUGAAGCACUAUCGAGGAAGACUCAAAUCCCGACCUUUAAAGCCAACCGCACACAGGAAGGUGAAUCAGGACAGAUCUUAGACAGCACCAGAGCUCCGUCCUUCAGUGGAGAGAACGAGAACAGUCUGGAAGACUCUAAUUUAGGGAAACCCUUACAGACACCGGAGCCACACGCCACCAACACCGAGACACUAAUACUGAUUCAGGAUACGUUUAGCAAAGACGAUUCCUGCCUGCAGCCGCUCGACCCCGGGCCAUGUCGCACGUACGUGGUGAAAUGGUAUUACGAGCCCAAGGCCAACUCCUGCGCUCAGUUCUGGUUUGGAGGUUGCUUUGGCAACGGUAAUCGCUUUGAUACGGAGAGCAUUUGCCAGAAAUCCUGCAUCACAAUCUAAACCCCCGUUCUGCUGACCUCUAAGGAAUAACCGAAGCGUGUUUACGUUUAUUUAUUAAAGCCGAGCAGUGGAGUUUUAAAGACAGGCAAGUUUACGAUGUUGAGUAUUACAAAUACAUUCCUCAUGAAAAAUGUUCAUAUUGCUCCCAGAUUUGUGCAAAUUUAUGUAUAAGUAGAUUCAUUAAUGCAAACCUCGACAUAUAAAGUCAUUGAUAAAUUACUACGAUUUUAAAUAUGGAUUAUGCAAUCAAGUUUAAAUCACUUAUAGUGUUUCCAUUCAAUUGGGACAAAAGUAAUGGCACACUAUAUAAGAAGUAAGUUAACAUUUACAGUAUGUGACAGUACAGGUAUAAUAUCUUACAGUAAACACUUCUCAACAUCAAUACACCGUUGCUGUCUGAAUACUUUUGGCCACCAAAUCCUUUAAACUAGCAAAAUAGACACUUGUACCUUCUUACAGCUUCUUUUUUUUAAUCUAUUAAGUAAUACUCAUUUCAAACCACAUAUCCAUGUCUCACUCUUUCCGUAGUUUCUCAUUUGUAUUAAUUUUUUUCUUAAUUAUUAUUCCUAAACACCAUUGUAACAGUGCUUGGAAUAACAACGCCCACUUGUGGCAUCAGUUUGUCGAAAAAUACAGCGUCAGACUGGCUAAAAAACUCGUCAUAAUGUGUUUCAGUUUGGAGGAUAACAUUUAACGUUUCAAUAAUUAAAUAUUCCUGUCUCAAAUAAAAUUUCAUGGACGAUACUGUUAAACUUCAUUGUCUCACUCUUAAUCAUCUUACUCUUAGUUAAUAAGCUACUGUAGAUGUUGAACCUGACUGUUUUACAUGAUCCUACAUUGUCUUUCCAUCAAAGACCUGAUUUCACGAUAAACUUUGUACAUGUCUUAUCAUUAAAAUACACGAACAACGAAAAUUUACACAACAAACUUUUGGUCUAUGCGGUCUAGUGUUGUUAUUGUCUAUGUGGUGUG